AUGGCAAAGUUUAAAAGAAACCUUACUUCGGUCACCACCCUUUUGAUUUUGCUUCAACUAUGCAGCAUCGUAUCUUGCAUCAGAAGCACCUUAAUCACUAGAAACAACACGAUACGAGAUGGAGACACACUGAUCAGCGAGGAAGAAGUUUUCGAGCUCGGAUUCUUCAGCCCGAAAGAUUCAACCUUAAGGUAUGUCGGAAUCUGGUACAAGAACAUCCAACCUCAAACAAUUGUCUGGGUAGCAAACCGAGAGAGGCCAUUGUCUGAUCAGAACGGAGCUAUAAAGCUUGCAGAUGACGGGAACUUGGUGGUCGUCGACGGAAAAAACAACACCGUUUGGUCCACAAACGUGCCGCCCAAGUUGAACAAUACCGUUGCUGUUCUAUUGAAAACAGGGGAUCUGGUUCUGUCUUCAGAUUCAGACAGGGACACUAGGUUUUGGGAGAGCUUUAACAACCCAACUGAUACUUUCUUGCCAGGUAUGCGGGUUAGGGUGAACCUAUCUAGCGGAGAGAAUCAAGCUUUUAUCCCGUGGAGAUCCGAAACUGAUCCUUCACAAGGAAAGUAUUCAAUGGGGAUUGAUCCCUUUGGGGCAAUAGAGAUUGUGAUUUGGGAAGGGGAAACAAGGAAAUGGCGAAGCGGACCGUGGAACUCAGCGAUCUUUACCGGUGUACCAGAUAUGUUUCAUUUCACCAAUUAUAUUCAUGGUUUUAAGCUCUCUUCUCCUCCUGAUCCAGAUGGUAGCGUGUUCCUCACGUAUGUUCCAUCGAAUAAGGACGACUUAUCAAGGUUCCGGAUCAGAUUUGAUGGCAUCGUACAGCAGUUAAGAUGGAAUAGGGAUGCCAGGAACUGGACUUCACUUCAAGUGAAACCGAGCAAGGAAUGCGAGAAGUAUAAUCGUUGCGGUAAUUACAGCGUAUGCAAUGAUAGUAAAGACUUUGAUUCUAGUAAAUGUAGUUGCAUUUAUGGGUUUGAGCCGGCAUAUCAAAAUCAAUGGAACAAUAGAAAUUUCUCUGGUGGCUGCAUAAGAAGAGUGCCAUUGAACUGUAGCGAUAAAGUUGAUGGGUUUAGGGUACUUAAGGGUAUGAAGGUGCCUGAUUUUGGAUCAGUUGUUUCACUUAACCAGUCAGGGACUUGUAAGGACGUAUGCAUGAGGGAUUGCUCGUGUAUGGCUUAUGAGGUCGUACCAGGGAUCGGAUGCAUGAUUUGGACUCGAGAUUUGAUCGAUAUGGAGCAUUUUGAGCACGGUGGAAACUCUAUCAACAUCCGGCUAGCUGCAUCCGAAAUAGGAGGCACGAAGGAAAUAUCGAAAUUUUGGAUCAUUAUUUUUAGUACUAUAGGUGCAUUGAUGUUCGGGUUAUGCUGCUUAUGCAUUUGGAUCUUAUGGAGGUUCAGGAAAAGAGUUAAAGAUUUCUUGUGGAAGAACAGAGACUCCUCAGUUAAGCCCUCAAGGUCGCGGUUCCAAGUUCUAGUGGGGGAUCAAGUUGACACACCCGAUUUCCCAACUUUCAGUUUCAACAGCGUAGCUUCUGCAACAGGUGAUUUCUCUGAAGAAAACAAGCUUGGAAAAGGUGGAUUUGGUACUGUAUAUAAGGGGAACUUUCCAGGAGGAAGAGAGAUCGCAGUGAAGAGGCUAUCAGGAAAAUCUAAGCAAGGACUAGAGGAAUUCAGGAACGAGAUCUCACUAAUUGCAAAACUCCAGCAUCGGAAUCUCGUUAGAUUACUAGGAUGUUGCAUUGAAAACGAUGAGAAAAUACUUCUCUAUGAAUACAUGCCAAAUAAUAGCUUGGACCAUUUCCUUUUUGAUGAGACUAAACAACGAAAUUUAGAGUGGAGAAAACGAUGGGAUAUCAUUGGAGGAAUUGCAAGAGGACUGCUUUACUUGCAUAGAGAUUCAAGACUUAAGAUAAUUCACCGUGACCUAAAAGCCAGCAAUAUCUUGCUCGACAAGGAAAUUAAUCCUAAGAUCUCGGAUUUCGGUAUGGCUAGGAUUUUCAACUACCGACAAGAUCAGGCCAACACGAUCCGAGUUGUCGGCACAUAUGGUUAUAUGGCUCCAGAGUAUGCAAUGGAAGGAAGUUUCUCAGAAAAAUCUGAUGUGUAUAGCUUUGGAGUGUUGAUAAUGGAGAUUGUUAGUGGAAGAAAGAACAUUAGUUUUCGAGGAUCUGAACAUGGAAGCCUCAUCGGUUAUGCGUGGCAUUUAUGGAGCCAAGGAAAUACCAAAGAGCUAAUAGAUCCAACGAUGAUGGCCAAUCCAGACGUAAACGAAGCGAUAAGAUGCAUCCAUGUAGGGAUGUUGUGUACACAAGACUCGGUGAUUUACAGACCAAACAUGGGUUCAGUUUUGUUGAUGUUGGAGAGUCAAACCAGUCACCUUCCACGACCAAGACAGCCCACCUUCCACUCUUUCUUGAACUUCGGCGAGAUCGUGGAAGGUCAGAAUGUGGCCACGGUCAACGAUAUUACUUUGACCACUGUUGUUGGAAGAUAACUAAUUUGACAAUAAAUUGUUCUCCCCCCCUCGCUCUUUGAUUUUUUCAUUUUUCUCAAGGGAAGUCUCUUAGUUUUCAACUUUUUGUGCAUAGUUAAUAUUUUGGCUUGUUUAACAUUUUAUAAUACGUACAUACUUGAAUCUAAACGUUGUCAAGGAAAAAAAUAAAAUCGGAUUUGUACUCUAGUUUUUAUUUUGGGUCAGCAAAACAUAAUUUGAGAUUUGUGAAAGCCAAAGAAUCGACCUUGGAACAUGUGGGAGAUGUCACUUCAUGAUUCAGGCUUCAUUUUUCAUUUUCAAUGCUUCAUGCUUCAUGCUUCAUGCUUUUAUCAAUCUUAAAUUCUAAAUGAGUAUGUAAAGAUUAUUUUAUUUUCGUAACUAAAAUGCUUUUAUUAAUUUGCAACGUCACAAAUCCGGAAUUAGAAAGGUUUGCAAAAUUUUUUUGGCCAGCUAUAGUACAAAGUUGAAUAUUUACACUUGCACACUUUUUGGCUAAUGAUUUACACAAAAGAGCACUUACAGUCUUUAGCUCAUUUUGGAAAGCAUAAAAAUUGAUUUUUCAUCAAAAUAGAUUUUUCAUCAAAAAUAGAUUUUCAUCAAAAUAGUUUACAAGGAGGAAAACUACUAAAAAAAGUUUCAUUAAAGAGGUAAAAGCCUCAUUUAUUCUUAAUUUAUAGAUAUUUAAAUAUGCAUAAUUAUUUAAAUAAAUAAUAAAAAAUAUUUUAUUAUUAUUUUUGAAUAAUACAUUUUUGAAUUCAAACUUUUUUUCUUUCAAAUUUCCUUUUUCAAAUAUUUAUUUUUAAAUCCGGAAAUUAUUUUUGAAACUAUUUUAAAAUUUUUAUUUUAAAUCUUUAGUAUUUGUUUUUUUUUAAAGAAAAAUCAUAAACCCCACUUUUCACCAAAAUCUACCCUUUCAAAUCUAAAUCCUAAAUCUAGAUUAAAAACUCCUAAAGAUAUAAAUGUUUAUUUACCUUUUUAAUAAAAUAUUUUGGUCAUUUUAAUCUUGGUAAGACUAUUUGUAAUAAAAACUUUUUAGCGUUAUUUUAGGGAAUUUCUCAAACUAAACAAUCUAACAAAGAUAAGUACGCAUACACACUAUCUCUACACCAUCGUUUUCUACGAUUUCGCUUGUACCAUUUUGAGAUUCACCCACGAUGGAUUCACGGGCGAACAUCGCAAAUAAUAAAAUUUAUGUCAAAAUAGGUAGCAACAUCUAUCUAUCUAUAUUAUUAAAAGAGAAAUACUCAUUAAAAAUACCUCUUAGCUUUUAAAGUUAAUUACACUUUCAUGCCACUGAUAAUUAAAUUAAAUUUUCUAUUUUAAUGCUUGUCUUUUUCAGUUAGAUUAAUGUUUUCUCCUUAAAUAAAUUUGAGUUAAAUAUAAUUAAAUCAACUUUAAAAUACAUUUGUAUUAACAAACUAUAGAAACAAAUAUUAACAAAAACAAUUUAAAAGUUAGUUUCCACGUUUUUGGUCUUAUAAUACAUAUACAUUACCAUAUAUAAAUCUAUAUUAUAAAAGAGAAGUACUCAUUAAAAUACCUCUUAGCUUUUAAAGUUAAUUAUACUUCCAUGCCAUUGAGAAUUAAAUUGAAUUCCAUAUUUUAAUGCUUGUUUUUUCAGUUAGAUUAAUGUGUUUCCUUAAAUAAAUUUGAGUUAAAUAUAAUUAAAUCAACUUUAAAAUACAACUAUAUUAACAAACUAUAAAAACAAACAUCCUACCAAAAAAAAAAAACUAUAAAAACAAACAUUAACAAAAACAAUUUAAAAGUUAGCUUCCACGUUUUUGGUCUUAUAAUACGUAUACAUUACCAUAUAUAAAUCUAUAUUAUUAAAAGAGAAGUACUCAUUAAAAAUACCUCUUACCUUUUAAAGUUAAUUACACUUCCAUGCUACUGAGAAUUAAAUUGAAUUCCAUAUUUUAAUGCUUGUCUUUUUCAGUUAGAUUAAUGUGUUUCCUUAAAUAAAUUUGAGUUAAAUGUAAUUAAAUCAACUUUAAAAUACAUCUAUAUUAACAAACUAUAGAAAAAAAUAUUAACAAAAACAAUUUAAAAGUUAGCUUCCACGUUUUUGGUCUUAUAAUAAGUAUAUAUUACUAUAUAUAAACAAAAUUAAUGCUUAUUACUAUAACUUACCAAUAAAAUAUGUUGCAUAUAUAUUAUCGUCAUUUUUUUAAUAAAAAAAAUAUUCCAGCAAUAUCAGCUUCAUAUUUUGAAUAUAAAUUUAACUGUAUUCCCAUGAUUUUAGUUAAAAUAGGCGGGUAAAUUUAUAUCCCGUCCAAUUGAAUUUUUAGAAUAAUUGUAACUCAUUUUUAGUUUAACCCAAACGCAUAAUAUACUAAUAAUACAUUUCAAUCAUACAGUUAAAUAUGAAAGAAAUGUCAAUAUAAAUUUGAUCCAACAUAGUAUAUUAAUAUAUAUAUAUAUACACAUCCAAUCUUUUUAUUUAGUUACAUAACUGCUCCAACACAUUUUAUAUAUAUAUAUAUAACAUGAUACAGUAACAAAAUAUAUAAUAUACAUAAAUCAUGGCAUAAACACCGGUGCGGUCGCUCGGGUCAAGCUCUAGUGAAACCUAUAUCUGGUUUCGAUUUCGUUUUUUUUUUUGCUUCAAGUUUAGUUUAGGGAUUAUAUGAUUGAUUUGUCUUUGUUUUUUUUUUACGACUGGCGACCAACUGAUAACUCAUGUAACUAAUUGGUUUCUUAGCUAACAUUUAUAGCAAAGAUUUAGAUGUUGGAAAAGUAAAUUUAAGUGAAAGCAUAUUUCGCCAAUGGUUGAUGGCUAUAACCCAAAUAAUACCAUCUACUACAUGAUAACCCGCGCACAUGCGCAGAGUGAGUUUUUAUAAUAAUGUAUGUUCAUUAAUUGGUUUUAACAUUUUGCAACACUAUAAUAUUUAUCUUUAUCGAUUGUAAAAUGACGAAUACAAAUGUUGGUAUCUUAAAUAUACUAUCGUUGUUGAAGAGUUAAUCUAUUACAACUCAUUUUAAUUAUUUUUAAGACUUCAUAUGCAUAAAAAUAAAAUAAAUUUUGCGGCUGACACAAAUCAGCAAAACCAAAUAACCAACAUCAAUUGUAUAAUCACAAAAGGGGAUUAGGUUUUCUGCUCUCAGUUUGUUUACUAUUGACUCUCCAUAAGCGAUUUCACUAUGUAAAGUUGUGCUUUCGUUCUCGUCUCUGUUUUAUUGAUAUGAAUUUAGUUUCUUUUUAACUUCUUCUAUGAAUUUGGUGAAUUACAUAAAUGUCAAUUUAAAAAGAUGGACAUCGGUAAAAAUUAGUUCCACACCAUAUACAUAUCGAAGAAUUAAAAUUUUGAAGAAAAUCACAGGCAAAUUCAAGUUAAUGUUCAAAUUUAAUACAUUAAACUGUUAUUAAAUAUAAGUGCAUAUGUCUAGUAUAUAUUCUCCAGUUCGGUCUAAAAAUCAUUUAAUUCUAUAACAACAAAAUAAAUCACUUAUUUUAUUAGCAUAUUCUUUUGAAAUUUAGUUACUUAAAAUAUACAGAUAAAAAUAUAUAUAAUACUUUACCAUUCUAGUAUAUGUAACCCAUGUAUAAACUAAGAACUGUUUGAUUUAUUAAAUGAUAAACUAGAAAACUUAUAAUAAAUAGUUCAAAUAUUUCAUUCUUACAAUUAUAAUAACUAGAUACGGUACUAGGGAGAAACAAAUAUUAGACGAAUGAUCAAACCUCUCAUUCUUUAAACAAACUCAGAAGGAGUGACUGAAAUCUUGUCAUGAUAUUUCAUUAAAAGUUUUUUAGGAAUAAAAAUCAAGACUAAAUUAUUUAAUCUAAAUGAAAUAAUAUAUAUAGUGCUUCCAAUAUUAAAAUUCACUUGAUUUGAAGAAAUGUGUUUUUGAGAUUGUCAUGAUCAAAUAAGAUAUUUGAAACCACCUAUUUAAAAAAUAAUUUAUAUGCAUAAGAGAAUAUACAUUAGAGUAAGCAUAUAAAUCAAAACCUAUUUUUUUUUGUUAAUUUACAAUCACGUUUUUGGUAAAUAAAUCAAAACAAUCAUUUUAUUUACUUUAUAUAGAACAAAUUAAACUUUUGUGAUAUUGACAUAUAUAAAUAGUAUAUUUUAAUAUAAAUAUUUAUUAUUGACACUUUCUACUCAUAUGAUUUUUUAACAUUUGUAUAUUGCUAUAACAUUUAAACCGUUAAUCAAAAAUAUUUAAUGUAUAUUUUCAAUAAAAUUUUCAAAAUUAAAAUAUUAAAAUCUCAAUAAUUUUUUACUGCAAAUUUUGAAAUUUACAUAUUUAUGUAGCAAUAUAUGAAGUCUCAUUUAUAUAGUGUAUAAUUUAUUUCAAAUGAUAUUAAUAUAUAUAUAUAUAAAAUAUGAAUAUUAAUAUAUUUAUAUAUAAUAUGAAUAUUUAUUAAUGAUAUUCAAAUGAUAUUAAUAUAUAUAUAUAUAUAUAUAAUAUGAAUAUCUAUUGAUGAGACUUCAUAUUUAUUCGAUUUAUUAAAGAUGGACAUUUUAUCCGAUACCCAAACCCGUAUCUGAGUCUGAUCCAAAAAUUUGAACCAAAGUAGCAAAAUACCCGAACAGUUAUUGAAUUUGGAGAGAUUGGAUAUCUGAACCCAAACGGAUAAUAUCUAAACCUGAACGGAUAAUAUCUGAACCCGAAUGGAUAUCUGAAGAUAACCAAACAUAAGUAUACUUAGCCCUAUAUUUCUACUUUACUUCUCUCAUUUUAUUCAACAUAUUUAUAUUAAUGAUGCACAUUUCUCAAAAAUAGAUAAUAUACAUAUAGUUAUGGACACAAUCAUUUUUUAUUCACUUAAAAUAUAUAUCAAAGCUCUUGUUUUUUGUAUUAACAAAAAUUGCAAUCUAAAAUUUCAAAACAACAACUAAAUUAAUGUCUUUCUAUUUUUAAAAUUUUAUCUUCAAACCUAUUAAUAUUUUAAUCUUUUAAAAUUAGAAAACCCGUAAAGUUAAAAAUAUAUUUUAAAUAUAGAAAACUUAAACAAUACAUGAUUUAUUUAUUUUUCUUCAAAAUUUAAAUAUCUGAACCCGAACAUAAAAUACCCGAACCCGACCCAAAAUAUAGAAAUACUCGAAUGCUUUCUAUACAUUUAUAAUGAAAUACCUGAAAAUCCUAAAUACCCAAUACGGACCCAAACCGGUAUCCGAACGUCCACCCCUACGAUAUAUGAUCAUUUCUAUCUUGUUUUAACAAACAAAAAUUAAACUAUUGAUCACAAAAUUUUCAAUGUGAGACUUUUACCAUUUUUAGUAAUUUAUAGUCGGUUUUAAAAAUUUCAAAAUAAAAUAUAUAAGUAAAAAUAUUUUUUUUAUUAUAUGCUUAAUGUAAUUGUUUAAUUUCAUUUAAUAAUAUAAAAUUAAA